AAGAAAGAACGACCGAAAGUAGACGAUCUGCAAGAUUUAAGAUUUUUGGAUUUGCCGCCAUGUUUGGUCUUGUCGGAAUCGGGUUGAUAGUGACCAGUGUUCUCGUUAUAAUUGAGAAUAAGUCUAUGGAAGAAGAGGGAGGAGUUAAAUUGGAAGUCGUACCAUAUGGUGGGAUCUGUGGGGGAAUACUGGCUAUUCUGAAUAGUGUUUUCUAUGCAUAUGUCUUCCUGAAAAUCCCUGAUACAGAUGAACUCAAACAGAUGAUAAUUUACCAGUGUUAUCUCGUCAUAUUUUUAUUGUUACCGUAUAUUGGUGGUGCGGUUGGAUGCUAUCUGGUUGGCCGUCCGAUUGAAGACAAAAAAAUGCAAACAUUGUGCAAUGUUAUUGUGGCAGGGUGCGCGAUCAUUGUAUUUUCGACGAUUUCUUACUUGCGCUUAUUUGUGUGGUUGGGUGGGUUUUUUGAGUGCAACUUUGUAAGGGAAUGGAAAGAAGCAUGACUGGACAACCUGGAGGGAGUGAAGUUAGGCCUUAACAAUCAGGAUGAGAUGAGAAAGGUUUCACAGUAAUCCACAGUAAAAUCGUGUUUUGAUGAAUGUUUAAAGAAAAGAUAUUGUCGUAACCUGUAAGAAACAAUUAUUUUAACGACUGAAGCGAUAAAAUGAGAAAUGUUUGUGUAAAUCAGUUUCAGGGAGAAUUGAUUGCUGAUGUUGUUUCAUUUAACUUGUGUUUAACAGUGUUUCUGUUGUUACAUUUAGCGUGUGUUUCAACACUUUGUUAAUAUGUUAUAUAGAAUAUAUAUACAAAAGUAGUACUUAGCCGUGUGUCGCAAAACUGAUAGCUUUGUGAAAAUGUUUGAGAAGUAUAGAGACCUAUGCAUUAUUUAUAUAAGUCUGGAAUCUUUAAGUGAGGUACAUAGUUUACACUUUAUUGAAUGGUUUGUCGGUCAAUAGUCAAAACUAUUUCCAGAGACCCGAACGUUCUGAUUACUGACCGGCAAGCCAGUCAGUGUUUUAAUACAUGACAUCAUAAAUACAUUUUUCACAGAUUUUAACUUCAGUGUUGAUUAUAGACAGGUCAUACAGUAGUCUGUGUUCAGACCCAUUGUUUUGUUCACAGGAGAUAACUCCUGAGGCUAUUCAAAUUUUGAAUAAUUAUGUCUCUUUCAUUCUCAAAACACUGGAUAAUCAGAACCAAGAAAGAUCGAUCAGAAUAUAUAAGAGAAAUGAUUGAAAAAAAAAAUAAAAUAAAAAAAGAUCAUCUGGUCGGUAGCCAGACUAGUCAU